CUGUAUCUAUGACAACUACUGAUCUAUAAAGUAACUUACCAAUUUAAUAUAACUGUGUUGGUAUAAACUAUAAUGCUAACAUUCAAUUAUUCAAAGUUUAGUACUUUCGGCUGAAAGUUAUACUUAGAUAUCAAAGUGAUGAGAGAAAGAUUUCAUGCAAAAACUAAACUGUUUUACGUCACGUCCCCUAACGUCAAUACUCAAUAAUAACCCGUAAAAAGAAGCGGUCUGUGUGAAGUUGGCUCAUUCGAGUCUUUGAUGUAUAAGAGGCGAAGGUGAACUACAUUAUAGAAACUUAGAGAAAGAUGUUUAGGACAACGGUUUUUGUAACAGGUGGAGCUGGAUAUGUUGGAUCUCACACAAUCCUAGUGUUGUUGAAUGCUGGCUAUGAAGUUGUGGCUAUAGACAAUUUUGUUAAUGCCAUACCAGGUAAGGAUGGAUCCAUUCCAGAAAGUUUACAUCGAGUUCAGGAGCUUACAGGAAAGUCUCUAACUUUUUAUAAGAUGGAUUUAUUGGACAAGGAAAGCCUGGAAAGCAUUUUUUCCAAGCACAAAUUGGAAUGUGUUAUACAUUUUGCUGCUCUGAAGAGCGUGGGGGAGUCCUGUCAGAUUCCCCUGGAUUACUACCGUAACAACAUUGGGGGAACCAUUAAUCUCGUUGAGGUGAUGAAAAAGUUUGGCGUGAAGAACAUUAUCUUCUCCAGUUCAGCUACUGUGUACGGUGCCCCACAGUACCUCCCGCUAGACGAAAAGCAUCCGGUAGGGACAAGCUGUACAAACCCGUACGGCAGAACUAAAUACUUUAUUGAAGAGAUUCUGAAAGAUGUUGCUAGUGCUGAGAAAGGCUGGAAGGUUAUUCUUCUGAGAUACUUCAACCCUGUUGGAGCCCAUGAGUCUGGUAAGAUUGGGGAAGAUCCCCAAGGAAUACCCAACAAUCUGAUGCCGUAUAUUUCCCAGGUGGCUGUCAAACGACGUCCAGAGCUACAAGUGUUUGGAAAUGAUUUCAAUACACCUGAUGGCACAGGGAUGAGAGACUACAUACAUGUGAUGGACCUUGCAGAAGGUCAUGUGGCUGUUCUUAAAAACCUUGAUGCGAUGAAAACCUGUGUGGCUUACAACUUAGGAACAGGACAUGGUUACACUGUCCUGCAGGUGAUUAAAGCUUUCGAAGAGGCAACAGGAGUCAAGAUACCGUACACUGUAGUUGGAAGGAGAAUUGGAGAUCUCGGCUCCUUAUAUGCCGAUUCUUCAUUAGCUGAGAAAGAGCUAGACUGGAAAGCAAAGAAGUCUUUAGUUGAGAUGUGUGCCGAUACAUGGAGAUGGCAAUCCCAGAAUCCAAUGGGUUUCCGAGGUGAAAUUGCUGCCAUACAGAAUAGUUAAAAACAUUGUAAUGUGCACUUUGGACACGUGAUUCCUUCACUAUGUGCAAUAAGAAUUAUUUUAUUUUAUUUUUUUGGUGAGCAGUUUUUGCUCAUAGAUGAUUGUUGCCAAAUUUAUUAAUGAUUUUUUUAAUAAGUUAAAUUUUUUCCUUUGUUGUUAUUGAAUUAUCUGUUAUAAGUAGUAUAGUCAUUUUACUGGAUUUUAGUUUAACACACACCUAGUCCAUAUUUAUUGUUUAAUUUUAUUUUUGUUAAUCGUUACCAGUGAUAAUAAUUAUGUUGUUGCGGGCCAUUGUUUCACUUCCAACUUAAGAAAUAUUGAACUUGUACACGUGUAAUACAAGGCUCACUUGACCUGAUUAGCUCAAGUAUAGAAUAAUUUUCUCCCUUUCAAUACGAAGCUUUAAUGAGUACACUUGACUUUGAAAGAUAAAGUUCAAGAAAGGUCGAACCCCAUAAUGACGACAAAAAAAAAAUGGUUCUUAUUAUAAGAUGUAACAUGGUAGCUCUGCAUGGUUGUAGUAAAAUGCUGACUAACAAUUCAAGACUUUGUAUGAAAGAAAACAAAAUUUGGCCAUACUCUGUCAAAAAAAUCUAUAUGCUUUAAAAAUACAAGCUAUACUUGUGUAAUAUACAGAAGUAAAUUUCCUUACAAAUUUACUAAAUAGUACGCAGACAUGGUUUUUAAUGUAAUAUACAUAUUUAAAUAUAUUUAAUUUACUUAAAGGUAGCUGUUGUAAAUUAUUUUUACGGAGUUUUAUUUAUUUUGAGAUUAUUUUUACAGAGAUUCCAUGUCGACAUCUAGAGAGAUAUUAAGACUAGUUUUUAUGAUUUAUACGUACUACCAGUACAGCUUGUAAACUUAAGCUCAGUUUUGAUUUGUUUUUUUAAUCUGAAAUAUAUUAUAUGUGCAAGAAAUAAGAAAAGUAACUUGUUAGUUUUUGGCUUUAUUUUGGAAGUACUUGUUGUGACUUUAUAUUUGAGAAACUAGUUCCUGUUUUUGUAAAAGAUGCACAGUAUGUUUUACAGUUUUUGUUUCACACACACACGUUUAGCUAUUUUUAAAUCUGUGGUGAAUGUUUUCGUCAAGUCCUGAUGUAAUUUACUAUUUAUUUAUUAUAAUCUUAUUUCAUCAAUACUCGACAACAUUAAGGUUUUGUGAAGGUAAAAAAAGUAGGAGCAGUUUUCUACUACUGUUCUAGUUUCAUUAUAAAUGUAUAGAUAUAAUUAUGCUAGCUAUUUGUGAUUUGUAUUUUAUGGGCUAAUACGAAGAACUGUAAACGUUUAAUAACUUGACAUAACCUUUCAUACAUUUUAUCUAACUGUCACUGUCGAGUUCUAAUUAGGCCUAGCAAGUCUGAUAAAGAAAAAGGAUACUUAUAAAAUUUAAAGUUAAAAUUUGUAAACAAAAGCUCCAUAAACACAAUGUAUACAUCUCAUUUCUCUAUAAAGAAUAUUUUGAUAAAACUAAGAUCACAAAUCUAGAAUUAUUUGGUUCUUGAAAUACUUGUUUCCUAGUACUGUUUGCCAUAUUAUCUAAUGUUAAAUUAGAUUCAUAAAUGGGUAGACUAAGUUUUUUUGCUAAUUAUUUUAAUAUUUUCAUAACUUACACUGUGUCCAUAUAAAUAUUCUGUAGUUUAAGAAUUAAAAAUAUUUUUAAAACUAUCUUCUGAUAUUAAUGGAUAAAUACUGAUGUUAUUUUUCUAUUAUUUAUAACAAACAUGUUUCCAUGGAAGCAAUCUCAGAAGUGGAAAAUUGUUACCAUACCAACCUUCUUAAUGUUUGGUUUUCAUUUUUAUUAUUUAGAUGUUGUUAGAAAUAUUUGUUUUCGCAAGUUUGACAAGAAUGGUUUUUAAAAUUAAUAAUAUUUAAAAGUAGAAUACUAUCCAGGAAAACCUUACUCCUCACAGAAUAACCUACCCUCACCAACGGUGCAUAAUACGUCAAUAAAGUUUAGAGAUAGCUUGAGUUAGUAAAUACAAAAAAAAAUUUUAAAUCUGCCAAUUUUUUAUUCUUGAAAUAGUUUUCUUCGUUACCAUCUCUAAACUUACUUGUCUCAAAGUUGUUUCUUCAUCAUCAAACAUAAAUAAACUGAAUGCUAGCUGUAAUUAUUGGCUAUUUAUCAAUGUAAUAAAUAUAAAUGUAUUUCAUUUGACUGCAUGAUUAGGGUAUUUACCAGAAAGUUAAGAUUUAUAAUGUGGUUUCAGGAAGAUGUGGUUCAGCAUGGUCUUCCUUCUGUAAAGAUCUAUGUUAACAACCACUCUCUUCGAUAUCUUUUAAAGACUGAUGUUCUAGAUGAUAAGAUGGUCAACACGACUUCUUUAAGGUCUUUCUUCUUUAAAAAUGUAUGUUAACAACCACUAUGUUCGAUAUCUUUUAAAGACUGAUGUUCUAGAUGAUAAGAUGGUCAACAUGGCUUCUUUAAGGUCUUUCUUCUUUAAAAAUGUAUGUUAACAACCACUAUGUUCGAUAUCUUUUAAAGACUGAUGUUCUAGAUGAUAAGAUGGUCAACAUGGCUUCUUUAAGGUCUUUCUUCUUUAAAAAUGUAUGUUAACAACCACUCUGUUCGAUAUCUUUUAAAGACUGAUGUUCUAGAUGAUAAGAUGAUCUUUCAUUUUCUUCUGUAAAGAUCUAUGUUAAUAACCAUAUGUACUCAUGCUAUAAAUACUAAAUUCAUCGGGCAAAUAAACAUGACAUGUGUAAUGUAACCAUCUCUAACAUAGGUGGUUAAAGUUGAGGAGUUAACUUCUUAGUGCCUUAAAAUCAAUUUGUUUUUUUAUACUGAAAUACAAGCUGUUUUAUUUUUUAACCCUAUGUGACUGUAGUUUGUUUUAUUGAACACUAGGAGUGUCUUUUAUUGGUAAUAGUUUUAAAUUCUGCCCUAUGAGCUGAUGAAUUUUAUUGGACAAAACCCUUUAUUAUUUUAUCCUUCCAGUGAAAAAAAAAGGGUAAGUUUUUUAUGAAGUUGACCGCUUGUCAAGCAGCUUUUUACUUACGCAUCUUUAUUCUUCUGACUUGCAGUAAAAAUAAGUCUUUGAAAACUUCGAGCUAUGUUUUACUAUCUUUUAUUCUAAUAUAAAAUAGAUAUUUUUACCACAAGAGCCUGCAAACUGUAUGUAGAUGGUCGGGAAUAAUGUUACUUUUAUGUAAAACCUUUUCUAAUAACUUAGGCUUGUUUCUUUCGUCGUGUAGCCUUUUUAGUGCUCCUCUACUGGGAUUUCUACAGUUAUUAUAAUGUGUGUCAUUGCACUGUUGGGAAUUUGAAAAACACUUGACUGGUGUAGAAAUAGUUUGAUAACACAAAAUAUACAUCUGGUCUCUAAGUCAAAGAUCACAGUCUGAAAGCUUGGACUUUUCAAUUUUUUUUUGUUGCUGCCAUAAUGAGCUGUAGAUAUUUGCAUUUUCCCCAUCUGUUUUUAUUCUAAACUAGUCUUUACAAUGUAAGGUUGUAAACAGUGAAACAUGUUUUAUUAUUCUCAGACUUCCGUUACAACUUUUGAUCAUUGUUACAAAGUGAAAAACCUUGCAGGUGUACAUAUACAACCUAUGUUACCGUCACUUAGUUGCCUGUGGUGUUGAGAACAAAUAGGUUCAUUUAUGUAGAACUUUUAAGGUAGCUACCGUUCACCUGUUGUUAUCAAGAUGACGUAAUUAGUCCCUUGUGGUGGUCUAUAGUGUUAUUAAACCUACAACAGACAUUAUUUAAUGUUAUGUUCAAAUACUGAUUGUUCUCUAACAAUUUAUGUUCUAAAUUAAUGAUUUGAACUUACAUGGCUGUUUUUUUCCUACAAAAAUGUUGUUUUUCUGUGAAUUACAUAAAAGUAAAAAAUAAAGUACAAAUUAGAAUAUUAACUGUAAUGGUGGAUUUCUUAACUGUGUUUUGUUUUUUUAUCACAGCAGAAAUAAAUUUAUUGGUGAUUGACGUUUCUUUUAGCCUCUUGAUUUAUCUGUCUUUUACAGGAGAUGGAAUUUUUUUUUUUACUACACAGAACACAACAUUUGUAUUUUGGUCAUCUUACUGGGACAAAAUGUUAAAAAAAAAACAUUUGUAUGUUGGUCACCUUACUGGGACAAAAUGUUAAAAAAAACAACAUUUGUAUUUUGGUCACCUUACUGGGACAAAAUGUUAAAAAA